UACAAUGAACUCCUUCAUAUUAGUCAUUUUCUAGGUGAAAUAUAACACAAAUAGCCCUUUAUAUAAAUGAAAAGGUUACUAAAAUGGAGUUUCCAAGUCGUAUUGUAUGUUUGGUGAAGUUUUUGAGUGAUCUAUCAGUGUACACAGUGUUUCUAAAACUGGGCGUGAUAGUGUAAUAACACGGAUUUUAAAUGUAAUUUACGGAUUUAGUGUUUACGAUUAAUACGAUUAGUAUUAUUAAAGGAACACAUAGGUUCAAAUCAAAUUAUUAGAUAAUGAUGAUGGUGUAAGAAUGGAAGCCAGCAGUGAAGCCGGCUAUUGUGAAAGAGAGACUUGGGAUGACUGGGGUAGUCACUCUUCUCUUAGCCAACAAGAAGAUUUGGCAACACAAAGCAGCGGUCGGGUGGAAGAUGUCUCCACCCUCCGUGCUGAACGUGACGCGUUGGUGCGUGCGUUGGCGAACGAGCGUCAACGCGCGGCCAGUGCGGCUAGAGCUCACGAUGCAAGACUUGCUGAACUGCAUGGAGUCAUUGCUGAGUUGGUCAGGCGGCGAGCGACUGAUAAACGGGCAAAGGCGAUACCUGAGGAGGAAGUCUCUGAUGAAUGCGAGUCGACAACUCAGCCGGCCGGUGAACUAGACGCAGAUAUCGAUUUAUCUAGGACCGACCAGAACGAGAAUUCAUCGCUUGUGAGUCCAGCCGAAUUACCUACUCCCCAAGACCCAAAGGAGCUUCCCGAGGAUAGCGCGAGCACAAGUACUAAUGAAAUCAAAAUUCAACCGACACUAGAAGUCUCGCCACCACAAGAUUCAGAGAACUGUUCCAGUUUGAGGCUAUCCGAGAGGGAUUCAGAGAUAUGUGUGACAACAGCCAGAUGCUGCCAGUACAGCCGUGCUCAUGGUUCGAACAACAGCUGUCAAAGAGAGAGAGGUUCGCCAGCGCUUCUACCGCCAUCUCCUGGACGUUGCGAAUCCCGUCAGGCGAAGAUCGCGUCACGGGUUCGACUAAAAAAGACGUCUGAGACUGAAGUGAAUCAACCAAUAUCCAAUGAAGAGUGGUGCGUGGAAGCUGCAGAACGGCUCGCCCUAGAUGUAUGUGCUCAGGCCGAUCUUAGAGAAGCUCUGGUCGCCGCUAACCAUGAAGAGGAGUCAAUAACUACUGAACUGUGGCGAGCGCGUUGCGUUCGUCUUGCGGCUGAAUGUCGCGUUCUAGACGCAGCCUUACAUAGGGCGGUGGACACACAACAUCGAUUAUCCUGCGCGUGCGCAAUGCACGAGUCGUCGUCUGUAGUGCUGUGCUCCGCGUUGAAGGCCGCAGAUCGUGCUUUGGAGACCUACGAUGUGUUGCUGGCUUUGGCUGAGACGCAGAACGAUACGGAUAGUCCAGAGCGCUCCGCAGCUGAAGGGGUGGCUCGUCGGUUGCUGCGUCGUCUUGAGAGCGGACCUGUGUGGGGUGAGGCAAUGCUGUCCCCGGGACCGUGGCACGACCAUCAACAAAAUAAUACAACAGAGGAAGAUCUAGACCCGUGGAGCGAGGAAUGUGAAGUGCGUCUGCGCAGACACGCGGCACGCCUUAAACGAGAAACCGUCGCUCUACGCGCAUUGAGACCACCACCGCACAUGUAUUCGCCGCACGAUAUGGAGGAAAGUGAGGAGAAUACUGUGGAGAAUGGACUGUCAGAUAUGGAGGCAGCAGUCAUGAUGCAGGAGGUACUACUGGCUCGCGAGAAUAGGGUGGUAGAGCGAGCUGCGUCUAUACUACAAAAGGAAAAUUUACAACACAAGAGCGACGGAUCACGCGGCCGUCGCCGUGCGGAGAGAGAGCGACACUGGCUCGACACACAAGCGUCUGAAACUGAUUUAUAAACUACCCACAUUUAACACACGCGAGGAAACUUUUCAUUAAAGUUAUUUUUAAUUUUCUUCUUUAGUAUUUCCGAGGAGAAUUUUUAGAAUAUAUGAUAUUCUGGUAAAAUUAUAAUUGGUAAACGAAAAGUUUGUUUUCCCCUUUUUACAUAUAUGGUUAAAGCGAGACAACGAUUUAGCAUCACAUAGAAGUACAAUGUAACAGUGUUUAGUUUAGAUUAGUAACUGCUAAAAACAUAGAAAAUAGGGUAGUAACUUUUUUAAUUUGGAUUUUUUAUUUAUUAAUAAUAAUAAAAGCAAUAUAACAUAUCUUUAUGUGCAUUUGGUUAAAAAAAUCAGUGUUAGAGAUAAAAAGAUAUUUUUGAAAGCGUAAAUAUUGCUUAAGUGUAAAAGAGAUGCCAAAUGCUUGAAUGCCUUAUUGCUAUCUCACUCUCGCAUGAGUGAAAUGUAUAUUCAAACUUUUGGGCAAUAAUUUUGGCACGUGACCUUAUAGUACGUUUAUGACUAAAACUGUGUGUCACCCAUCCAAUCCAUUUAUCCGCGGCAAGUGUUGCUUAACGUUAACUGUUUGAGAUAAUAUUACCGUCUCAAAAUUAUUGCACACAAGUAUAAAAUGUGCUUUGCAAAUAUUAAAAGAUUAAUGUUUAAAAAAAUAUAUUUUUAAUAAAUAAUAUUAGGCUAAAUUAAAAAAUAUGUAAAUAUUCAUUGAAAAUAAUCUAUGCAUUUAUGUACUUGCUUAUUGUGCUAUAAAUCCGUGCACAUAAUAUCAAAAAAAUCUCAGUGAAAUCGUAAUUUUUAACGGGUCUACGACAAUGUACGAAUAACAAUACAAUAGAUUAUUGAACAUGGUCUUUGAAACGUUUCAACACAACUGUGCUUGCAUACAAAAAAAUAAAACUAUUUAAAAAAUGUAUUACAAUUGCGUUAUCGUUACACAAUAACAUCUUAGAGUUAAGUGUAACUGUGUGUCAAACUUUUGGGUUAUCGGUAUCAUUAGUAAAGGUUGCGAUUAUUUUAACGUCAAGUUCUAGAAUAUCACAUGUGUAUAAUAGGUACAGGAUCGGGCCUAAUACACUCCCUUGCAGGAUCCCAACUUUUUUUUACUUUAACUAAAUAUUCUGUGUUAAAUAUAACUCACGCUAAACAUUCUAUGAACUAAUAAACCUCAAGGAUAUUUGAGAUCUGUCAAGCCAGUAUUUUUUUAAAUAUAUACACAAGUCCUCAGUGCCACACUUUGUCAAAUGCCUGAGCUACAUUUAUGAAGACUAAAGCAGACUAUUUGUUCUUCUAGAGGUUUUCGAUAUUAUUUGUAAUUCUAUGAACCUGUUCUAUGGUACAAUCUUUUUCUCUGAAACUAAAUUGGUGCGGUACGAGCGACGAUAGGCUCGAAAUAAUAUAUUUUGUAGGCAUUCUGAACGCCUUAUUUUUUGUAUUUUAGCAGCCCAUUUUCUAUCAGACUCUCUUAAAGAAAGUGGUGAUGGUUCAUAUUUUAAAUCUAUAACCGCUUUACAGAUGGAGUAGGCGGAACUAUCAUAAAUUAAUUAGUUUAGAGAUUUUAUAUUUUUCUCUCCUCAAUUGUUCAACCUCGCUAAGGUUGUUCAGAUGUUUCGCAAUCCGGUAUCUUUUCUAUUUUCAAUCAUAUUUCUAAUCUCUAAAGAGAUUAAAAAAAAUCCAGAAUUUGUAGAUUUUUCUUAUACAAAUUUUGGGCUUUAUAAACUUUUAAUUCUAGUUGGUCUUCAUACUAUUAAGUCUACCAAAUUCUUAAGAUUAACUCAGAACUGUACGGGUGAAGGGCAAGGGUUGGAUUUAUGUAAUUUAUGUUUCUGAUACCAAGCAGAUAUCAUCGUUUUCAAGUUAUAGAAUUAUAUAACGUUCUCAAGCUUUAGUUCGUAAGUUCAUUUCAUCUGACUGAGUUUGAUUUCGCAUUUUUCUGAGUUGAAGAUAGACUUUAGGAACUUUAUUAUUUCCGCAAAUGAAACAUUUCUACACUAGUUUUGUAGGUUUGUUGAUUUACUUAAAUUUUAUAAUGUUUCCCAUUUGUAGUUCUUUUGCUACAACGCAGCCUCUGUAAUUGACAGGACUUAGCUCGACACGUGUCUCGUGUCUUCCUUACAGUCAUAUGUGAUCUACUGUGUGCUUAUAAACCUGGCACACCAUGCCUUGGGCAAUCUUAAGAUGACUCCAAUGGCUAUACUUCUAUUUUGCAGACAAGUAUGGAUUUCAUUUUAAAAAAAAAUGUAUGUUUUCCUGUUGUGAAAGAAAUGAAAUAAUGAAUAUUUUAAUUUUCCAGCUAUAUUUGACGACUUCGUCUAAAAUUUUAACUCUUUGAGCUCUUUUACUAUCUUUGGCGUUUAAGUAGAGUGCAGGUUUCGACGACUCUUAUUACCUUGCUCAGCUCAGCUAAACUUGUUUUCAAAUGAAUUACGAAUUCGACAGCCCGGACUCCCAAAAAAAACCAAUAAUUAUAUAACUACUUUAUUAAUUAACUUAUAAUUAGGUUACAAAAACUACAUCCGUUAUCGACGAUACGAAUAUAU